AUGACGUGUCCGUGGCGGGAUGACGACUUCAUGAACGCCGAUGUUGGCCAUGGCGGGCUUACGCCUACGGAUGAGCGCCGUGCCCAUGUUGGCAACCUCCCCUGGCGCGCCGACAGCCGCUCACUCAUAGACACCUUCGCCAACCACGGCGUGCGCUACGCCGAGGUCAUCGUCGACAGGGAGACGGGCAGAUCCCGCGGGUUCGGCUUCGUCACCUUCGACGACAGCAAGUCGAUGAAUAGCGCCAUCAAGGACAUGAACGGACAGGAGCUGGGCGGCCGUAACAUCACCGUCAGCCAGGCCAACCAGCGCUCCCGCCGCUGAAGGGCAUGAACA